AGUGCUUUCAGUCUCCACUUUGUUCCUGCAAUAACUGUUUUCCUUUUUCAUUUUCUCAUAUUCAGACCCUCUUCUUAGUACCCAUUAAUUUCCUCACCCUCUCUGUAACGCCACAAUUUUGUAACUCCCAAAAAACCAUUCUUUGUUACUUUUCCUCUCCAUUUUUUCAAGUUAGAGAGAAAAAUGGUUUCUUUUCCUACUCUUGCUUCCCUGUUAUGCCUUGUUUGGCUACUCACCAUUUCAUCUCCAACAGCAGCUUCCUUUACUUGCACCUCCCCUGGAACUUGUGACGCCAUUAUUGACUACACUUCACCCAACGCCACUACUUUUAACGCCGUUAAAAAACUCUUCAACCUCAAGAACCUCCGUUCUCUUCUUGGCGUUAACAACCUUCCUGUUAGCACCCCUCCUAAUCAGAAACUCCCUGCUAAUCAAACCAUUAAAAUCCCUUUCCCAUGUCUCUGUAGAAACGGUACAGGAAUAGCCAACAAACGGCCAACUUACACCGUUAUCGCCGGCGACUUCUUAUCGCAUAUUGUUUCCGAUAUCUUUGGCGGUUUAUUUACUGUUCAGGAACUUCAGACGGUUAAUAAUAUAUCUAACCCGAAUUUGAUACAACCUGGAGAUAAAUUGUGGAUCCCACUCCCUUGUAGCUGUGAUGAUGUGGAAGGUGAAAAGGUUGUUCAUUAUGGUCGUUUGGUGACAGCUGGCAGCACCAUUGAUGAUAUUGCUCAGCAGUACAAUGUUUCCCAGGAUACCCUUUUGAGAUUGAAUCGUUUAGCAAGUCCUAAAGAACUUUUAGCUGGUUCUGUUCUUGAUGUUCCGCUUAAAGCUUGUCAAUCAAUGGUGAGAAAUACUUCACUGGACUAUCCUUUGCUUGUCCCAAAUGACACGUACAUCUUCACUGCUGCCAAUUGUGUAACGUGCAAGUGUGAUGCUGCGAACAACUGGACCUUGCAAUGCCAACCAUCCCAGAUAAAGUCAUCUCUUUGGAAGACAUGCCCCUCUAUGCAGUGCCAAGGUUUAGAUAACUUCUACAUUGGGAAUGUCACGUCUUCAGAUUGUAAUUCCACAGUUUGCACUUAUGCUGGUUACAGUAACCAGACCAUUUUUACAGCAAGCACUCAGUUAACUUGCCCUGCGGAUGGCAAUAGUGCUUCUGGAUUGAGGACAUGGACAUGGAGAUGGAAUAUCAUCCUGGCUGCUAUCCAUCUAGUGUUGCUAUCUGCUUUGUAUUUGAGAUAACUCCAUGGUUAUAGGAAACUCCACAUGGUGAUGUCUGUAAAAGGGUGUAGUUUUCUUAGCUUAUAGUAGUAGCAUUUAUGCUGGUGGAGUGAUGGGAGAAAUCUUCAGUUCAUCCACGAACAUGAUUUAGACAACCUUUCUUCUUUUCCCACUUUAGACAUGGUACUUUUGUCAUUUUGUCAGUCUUCAGGAUUUAUAACUGUUAAAUUUGACGUUUCAUUUUGUGAAUGAAUGCCACGUCGGUUUGA